UUGUGGUCUAGGAGGACGCCUGGAUCCGCAGGAAGGAGUGUCGCGGUCGCUACCAAAGAAAAUAUUAAACAAAACGCGUGAGCACUUUGGUAGAAUCUCAGAAGAGGAAACGGCCAUCGCUGCGUUCAUUCUCCAUUGAACUCUUCAUCACGUCCAGCUAGAGUGUCUUUGUCGCUGGGGGGAUAAUACGGAUUUCUGUAUUAAAAAGCUGGUCUGUGGAGGGAUUUCCAGCAGGAUCCUGUGUCCUUGCCACUGCACGGUCUUUGAUCCUCUGGCAGCCCUGCUAUGACGGACCAGAGCAGCAGCAGGGUGGACAGCUUUGAUCUUGGAACAAGUUCAGACAAUAGUAUGCAAGGCCAGGAUGCCUGUGGCUCCCAAAGCGGCAAAAACGUAGACAAGGCCAUGAACCUUUUCACCACCCUUGGCCUCUCUCCAGAAGACUUGGAUUCGCUGACGCACAUCCCCGAGGAUCAGCUCACCGUGGAGACGCUGCCGAAGAUUAUCAUGCAGCUGAAGGCGCAGAGAGCCGAGGAAGGGGGCACCGCAUCAAAGCGCUCUAGGAAUGAUCGCUCGUCCUCGCGAGAACAACCGCAUAGAGCCCCAAGUAAACCUUCCGGCGUCAGGAAAUACGGCCAGCUAAGAAAGGGUCCCUCUCGCAGCUACGAGCGGCUUGACUACGAUGAGGGGAAGGGAGGCAGCAGUGACCGGUAUCCUGAACCAUCCCGUGGUCACUAUGAGUCAGAAUACAACAGGAGGGGUCCUGUGCCUGAAAGGUCAUUUAUGGAAAGGAGGACAGGGUCUCCCUCUAUCAGCAAGAUUGAGGAUUACCAUGGAAUUCUGCCCAAGACCUUUCCACAUGUGUGCACCCUUUGCGACUUUUAUGUGCAUGCUAGUAAGUCCUGGAAUCGUCAUAUCGAUGGGUCACUGCAUGCACAUAGUCGGCAGCUCCUCCUGGAUCAGUAUCCAGAAUGGAUUCCCAAGAGUAUGCAGAGCAGAGAUAGGCAGGAUCCUCUUGAGGUGGAAGCCAAUGGAGAAGAUGGGUUCAUUGAUACCGGUCCAGUUGGGCAUCAGAGGAGAGGAGUAAGCUCUGACUGGAGCAAGGGUGGAGGGAUUUCAAGCCAAGAUAAGAGGCGGUAUGCCAUGAAAGCACAAGAAGGAAGAAAAGUAGUGGUUGCAAAGUAUCUGAAUGGCACGUGUUACCUGAAGGAUUUGCUGGAUCUGGCAGAGCCUUUUGGAACUGUAGUUAAUCACCUGGUGGUAGUGAACAAGACCUUCCUGGAAAUGCUGACACAUGAAGAAGCAGCUUCUAUGGUGAAAUACUACCAGCGUACAACCCCCAUGGUCCGUGGUCACGCAAUACAAAUGUAUUUGUCUACUGCAAUUAACACGAUUCAGACACCUGGACGGGUACGAGCUCCAGUACAGAGCCAGGACUCUGGCUAUGCAGUGGUCUAUAUCUGUCACUUGCCUCCUUCAGACUUUAAAGACUCCGAGUUGAUCGAAUUGGCUAAGCGGUUUGGUCCUGUGUGGAACUCUCUCAUUUUAAAGCAUGAGGCAUUUGUGGAAAUGGUAAACCCUAGGGAUGCAGAGAUGAUGGUGAAGUAUUAUACAAUACAUCCUCCAAAAUUGAAUGGCAGAAAAAUCAAGAUAAUCACUUGCAAGAAGUACAGGAGUCUGAAGGUGAAACCUGGCAACGCUUCCCAUAGAGGCAAGGAUAGCAGCAGCAGCAGGCGGGUGAAUGAAACAUCCGGAAGAAGCAAGCGGUCCAGAUCCAGGGAGAGAGCUUCCACAGCCAAAGAGGAGGGGGGGUCCUCGGGGAAGGAGGAACAGGAGGAGCCUGGAGACCAGGGAUCAGAGGUGAUGGAUUUGGAGAGCAAUGCCGAGGAGGGGGUGGAGCUUGGGGAAGAGGAAGAUCCAGAGGAGCCUGACCCAUUUCUGGACUGUACUGAAACCCAAGGGGCGGAAACAAAGGAACAAUCGCUGGAGAGUUCAGAGACCAAAGAAGAAGAGCAAGUGGAGGCGUCCUUGGAAACUUCAGCAACCCAAGGGGAGCAAACAGAAAAGGAAUGCCUGGAAAAUUUAGAAACCCAAGUGGAGCAGCAGGCUGAAAAUUCCCUUGAAAGUUUAGAAACUCAGGAGGAGGAAACGGCAGAAAAAACUCCAGAAGGUCCAGGAACCCAAGGAAUAGAACCGGCAGCUAAAGCCCCAGAGAGUUUGGAGACUCAGGGAUUGGAAACGGCAGAUAAAUCUCUGGAGAGAUCCGAGGCCCUAGGGGAGGAAGACAGUCAGCCAGCAGACGAGAAGGCAGUGGCGGACAGUUUUCAUGAGGAGGAGGAAGGAAUCCCAGAGUUCCCUGAUAACUUGGAGGAUUUGGUUACUUUAGAUGAGGUGGGAGACGAGGAGGAAGCAGAAAUGACAAGGCUGGAUUCGGAAUUGGCUGCUUCGUCUUCCAGCAGUGCGCAGAAAGAGAAAGAGCAGGGGAAGAUGGUCAAUGUUAGUUUCUCUAAGAGAGGUUACAAUUUGGUCAAGGAAAUUCUCCGCCUGGCUGAACCAUUUGGGAAAGUGGUGUUCUACAAAAUAUUGGAACAAAGGAAUGAGGCAGUUUUAGAAAUGUCAACAAUUGAGGAAGCAAGACAAAUGGUGGAUUUCUACAAAAUCAAGCCAGCUAUGCUUUACAGAGCCAGUGUUAAAAUCAGUCUGUUAAAGAAUUUUCAUGGCGGACGAGUUGUCUACUUCCAUCAACUGCCUUCCUCGUACUUUACAAUCCACUCUCUCUUAAAGCUUGCCAGACGGUUUGGGAAAGUGAAGUGCUAUGUUUUGAUCUGGGUCCGCAAUGAGGCUUUUAUUGAAAUGGAAACCUCUCGCUCUGCCUUGGAAAUGUGCCGGGAGUACAAGAAGAACCCUCCAACGUUAAACGGCAAAAUGUUGUCAGUUUACCUGUCCAGGAAGGACAAACUCCUGAAAGGGAGGAGACCUCCUUCCAUUUCCCCUUCCCCAGAACCUCCUAAAAGAUCCAAGAGGGAGCGGCCAGAGAGGAGCAAGAAAGAGGAUGAGACAUCCAGGAGCUCGAAGUCCAGAACCAAAGAAAGGGAGGAGGCGGAGGACAAGGAGGGGCCCCCGCAGAAAAGGGGACGCAGCCAGGAGACAGGGGAGCAAGGAGAGUGUCCGGUGAAGACCAGGGAGGGGGAGCAGAAAAAAACCAAGGACAAGGUGCUGUUGGAUAAGGAGGCUGCAGGCAGCCAACAAGAAAGAGAGACAGCUGGGGAGCCCAGCCUCGGUGAAGGGGAUGAUGACAUUCCACUCACAACAGAUGUUGAUGUAAGUGAUGAAGCAGGUCUUCCAGAGGGUCUACGACCUGGGGCUUCUGCAGCUAACAAAGUGAGCAGCCAGGCCCUUCAUAAACAAGCGGAUAAGAGUGAGCGCACAGAAGAGACCCAGCCAGUAACGGAUGAAAUGGAGACCGAGAUUGUUCAUAAAGGAGGUGCAUGUGACUCUGCGAAUACUGAUGAGAAGACUGUGGACAGCAUCAAGCCUGAGCCCACACCUACCACCCUGGGACCAUACCAGCCUAAUAAUCCCGUCGGUUUGGAGCAUGUGAAGGCUGGUUUCUAUUGCGAUCUCUGCAGCCUGUUCUACACCAGUGAAGAAGAAGCGAAAGUUACCCACUGCAGCAGCCUGGCCCAUUAUCAGAAACUGCAGGUAAAAUAUUGCAGGGAAUGUUAAAUAAAGAGAAUACAGCAGCAGAAAGAUUGUCAAGCUGAAGGAGAAGGGUUUCAAUCCACCAGACCUUGGGUUCAGCCUGUCUUUAAAAAAAAAAAAAAAAAAAAAAAAUGAAAU